AUUGUAUGUGGGAUCAUACUCCAGUUUGAUCUGAUCUGUGCUCCAUCGCUAUAUAGUUGUUCCUCUUCAUCCAGAUCAGUCUCGAUCCACUUUUUUUUUCAGUCCGAGCCCUAAAUUUUAUAUGCUCAUCAUAUAACGACUGGUUGAUUUUCAUUCCUAUUUUCAUUCUGAAUACUAUUAAUAGUAUUCCUUUUUCUUAUAGACUCUACAAAAUACUCCACUCCUUAUGGACCACAGCCAACACCAGCUUCAUCAGAAGUUGGACGACUCAUACCUCUUGCAAUCAGGAAGCUCGGGAGACUCUCAGCAACAGCUGCAGCAACAACAACAGCAGCAGCAACAGCAACAGCAUCAACAGAGUCUCCAGCAUCAACAGAGUCUCCAGCAUCAAAAUAUUCAGCAUCAGAAUCAACAUAUUGCUUACAAGCAGCCUCAGCAGAGUCCUUCAUUUCCAUACAACCAGCAUCAGCAUUUGCAGUUGCAACAGCAACAACAGAAGCAGUACCAUUACGACUUCAACGCACAACUCCAGCAUCAGCACGAUCCGCAACAUGAGCUCCACCAACAACAGCUUCAGCAGCAACAGUAUGCUCAGUACUACCAGCAGCAACCCCAAAAUCAACAAAAUCAAGAACAGCACACUCAAGCACAACAGCAUCAGCAACUUCAGCAAAAUCAACAAGCCCAGCAAGUUCAGCAAGCCCAACAAGUUCAACAAGCUCAUCAACAGUCUCAAUCCUUUCUUGAGCCAAGUAACCCUAUACUUGUAGGAUCUUCUUCUCUUGACUUGGAGUCCAUGAAGGGGCCAGCCAGCAAGAAGAAGAAGACGAGAAAGUCUGACCAUGGAUCACAUGGUGAUGAUGGCGACUCGGAGUUGAAGCAGUUGGCGUUCCAAACUGCCGAAGUUCCGCUAGACCAGCUUGCUGCACGUAUCAAGCAGUUGGAAGCCGACGAGCCGGCUCCUAGUUCAAUUCAAGGGCAGCCCACUUCUCCUCGUAGUGUAGAGAGCCAUAAGGUCAGAGAGAAUAAGGAGAGACAACGUCAAUUGUUUGGAAUGGUGUGGUUACUCAACUCGUGUGAGUCCCUGCCUACUGCUGUAGUACCUCGUAAUCGUAUUUAUGCUCGUUAUGUUCAGGUAUGCGCUGAUAACAGUUUGACUCCAUUGUCUCCAGCCAGUUUCGGAAAGUUGGUGAGAAUCUUAUUCCCUAACUUGACGACUAGACGGUUGGGAAUGAGGGGCCAGUCCAAGUACCAUUACUGUGGGAUCAAGUUGAAUGGAGAAAGACUCAUGCCACUGCUGCUCCAGGUGCCCCAGCCUAUGCUGCAGCUGCAGCUAGUGGGCAACAUGGCUAUGUCUGGGUCGGGACUGCAACAGAUCCAGUCGCCAAUUUCUUCUUCCAACUCGUCGGUGUCAUUUGAAGAUUCGCCUAGAUCCUCUUCUCAUCUUCACACUCCAUCAUACACUCCUAUUCAGUCACCUUCUAUAACCAGUGCCAACUCCAUUGCCGACCAGCUUCCUCUGGUUUCGCACUUGAAGUACAUCCCCAACUUGCUUGCAUUGUUGAAUGAGAAUUCACAGACCACGUCUAACCCCUACUCUCCUAUUCAGUUGCCGUCCAUCUACCCGUUUUUACCAAGAGACAAUGACUACGACAUUGCUGAUACUUUGUACUCAUUAUACAAGGUGCACAUCAACUCGAUCUUCGAGUCGCUCCGGUUCAUGCAGUUGAAGAAAUUGUUCUCCUCCUUCAACAGCUUCAACAGCAUUUUGACAGCACCUGUUUUCAAACUCUACACAAGCGAUACUGUGCUUGAGUGGGUCAAGCAGUGUGACAUCAUCAUGUACAAGAGGAUGAUCAGGAUGUUGAACAAGUUGCUGUUGCAGUUCAUGAUUCCACAGGAGGUCAUUUCGCAGUUGAAGCAGAUAUCUUCGGGAUACAUCAGAGCCUUGACCAACAACCUCUUAAACAACAAAGUAUCCAAAAACUUUGUCAUCAUGAAGUUGAAGGUUGCAAAGAGCUUCAUCAACCUCUUGAAUCGUUUAAUCAAGAUCAUCGAGACUGGCCAACUGGCUUCUCGGAUUUUGUGCGACGUCAACGAGAAGAACGGAAUGAAUCACGAUUGGAUGAAGUUGGAUAUCCAGGACAUCAUUUCGCGCGAGAUUCCUUGUGGAGAUAAAAACAUAGACGUAUUGUCUACGAUCUUGAAGAGUGACGUCGUCAACUUGUUGAAUACCAAGCAAAGCGAAAGACCAGUUAUCGAUAAUGCCAUAAUGAACCAGUUCGCCAAUUACAUCUCGGAACUACCAGGUAAGUUUCAGGACGUUAAUCCCAGAUUAUUCAUCUUGCUCACAAGCAACUUGCUCACUACUUGUUUAAGAGAGAUUAGUUUAACGGGAGGUCAAGGUUUUGGUGCCUGGUGGAUUGUCAGAUGUUGGGUGGAUGAGUAUCUCGCAUGGUGUUUUGAGAUUGGAGGUUUCUUACAAGACGACUUUAAGAAGCCUGAAGACUCUCCACAAGACCAAGAUACAUCCAAAGAAAAUGCAGGUAACGAAGAGGGUAAAAAUAGCAGUGCUGAUAACAGUACUGCGUUAGCAUCUGGCUCGGGAGACAACUCCGAUGCCAAUUUCAGUGGCAUGAACAACCCUGAGUCGUUUGACUUAUCCAAUAUUGAUCUUGGAAGUUCAGCCAUUAACCCUAAUUCCUCUUUGGGGGCCGUAGACUUGUUGGAUGGCACGUAUGGUACCGAUCCACAAAACCCGGCUGUCGUGAGUUCCAACGUUUCUUCGGUUGCUGCUGCUACCAAUGAGAUCCUCAUCAAGUACGAAACUAACGUAGAAAGCAUUUUGGGCUGAGAUUCGAAAACAGUGUGGCUGUUAUGCAUGUAGUGUAGUAGUCUGGCCUAGUCUAGAUGGACAGGCUACCUCUAUACUUUACUUCGCCUACAUUGGUUACUCAGAGACAUUAUAAAUAAAAUUAAGCAUUUCAUUUACCUUAUAUAUAUACGUCCGCUAUCUC